CCUGCUCUGGUGACUCUCGUAGCAUUGUGGUGCGAGAAGCAGGAAUGCGAAGAUGGCUACAGACCUAGGAGAGCUGCUGGUCCCCUAUAUGCCCACCGUCAGAGUCCCCAGAACAGGAGACAGGGUUUUCAAGAGCGAAUGUGCCUUUUCCUACGAUUCUCCCGAGUCUGAGGGGGGCCUGUAUGUGUGCAUGAACACAUUCUUGGGGUUCGGAAGAGAACAUGUGGAGAGACAUUACCGCAAAACUGGACAGAGUGUUUACAUGCACCUUAAACGACACAUCAAAGAGAAACCCACAGGUGCCGCAGGUGGUGCUAUUCCCAGAAGAAGAAAUGGCAAAGUGUUUCUAGAUUUAGAGCUUAAUCGUGAUUUUAACGGAGACCAUUAUGAGUAUGAAGACGAAGCCAAGCUUGUUAUAUUCCCAGACCACUACGAGAUCCCCUUACCAAAUAUUGAGGAGUUGCCUGCACUGGUGACAAUAGCGUGCGACGCUGUGCUCAACGCCGCCUCGGCCUACAAGAAGCAGGAGCCCGACUCCUGGGAGGAGGAGAUCCAGGUGUCCAAACAUGCCAGGAGUCUCCGACAGCUGGACAACGGAGUGAGGAUCCCGCCCAGUGGAUGGAAGUGUCAGAAAUGUGAGCUGAGGGAGAACCUGUGGCUGAACCUGACGGACGGAGUGGUGCUCUGUGGGAAAUGGUUCUUCGACGGGAGUGGCGGGAACGGCCAUGCCCUGGAGCACUACCGAGAAACCAACUUCCCUCUCGCGGUUAAACUGCACACCAUUACCCCCGAUGGGGCAGAUAUUUACUCUUUUGACGAAGAAGAGGCAGUGCUGGACCCACACAUAUCAGAACACUUGUCACACUUCGGCAUAGACAUGCUACAGAUGCAACGGCCAGAGAACGGCCACCACACAGACACCAACGUGCGGCCACGUGUGAGCGAGUGGGAGGUGAUUCAGGAGUCGGGGAUGAAGCUGAAGGCCGUGUAUGGUUCAGGUUACACCGGCUUCAAGAACCUGGGAAACAGCUGCUACCUCAGCACGGUCAUGCAGGUCCUCUUUAGCAUCCCCGAGUUCCAGAGAGCGUACGUUGGAAAUCUACAGAGGAUAUACGACUAUUCACCUCUUGACCCAACACAGGACUUUGCCACACAAAUGGCCAAACUGGGCCACGGGCUGCUUUCAGGCCUGUUCUCCAAACCACCCAUGAAAUCUGAACUCAUUGAACAGGUGAUGAAAGAAGAACACAAGGUAUUAGACUGGCAUCAGCAGAAAGGAGUCUCUCCCAGGAUGUUUAAAGCCUUGGUCAGCAAGGGCCACCCAGAGUUCUCCUCCAACAGACAACAGGAUGCCCAAGAGUUCUUCCUGCAUAUCAUCAACCAGGUGGAGAGGAACUCUUCGGGCUCAGAGAACCCCAGCGACGUGUUCCGCUUCCUGGUGGAGGAGCGCGUGCAGUGCUGCCAGUCGCGGAGGGUGCGCUACUCCCAGAGGGUGGACUACCUCAUGCAGCUCCCCGUGCCCAUCGAGGCAGCCACCAACAGAGAAGAGCUAAUAGCGUAUGAGGCCAAGCGGAAGGAUGCAGAGGAGAACAUGCGGCUGCCUCCAGAGCCUGUGAGGGCCCGUGUUCCCUUCACAGCCUGCCUGCAGGCCUUCACAGAGCCCGACAACGUCCCCGACUUCUGGAGCUCCGCGCUGCAGGCCAAGUCAGCGGGAGUCAAGACCUCCCGCUUUGCCUCCUUCCCAGAAUAUUUGGUUGUUCAGAUUAAGAAAUUCACAUUUGGCGUGGACUGGGUUCCAAAGAAGCUAGACCUGGGCAUUGAAGUCCCAGACUUCCUGGAUCUGUCCAGACUCCGCGCCACAGGUCUGCAGUCAGGAGAGGAGGAGCUCCCGGACCUCACGCCACCCAUCGUCCUUCCGGAAGACACCAGAGAUAACUCCAUGAACUCCCUGGACUCUCCAGAAAUAGACGAGGCGGCGGCCAUGCAGCUGGCGGAGAUGGGCUUCCCACUGGAGGCCUGCCGGAAGGCGGUGUACUACACAGGCAACAUGGGUCCUGAGAUGGCCUUCAACUGGAUCAUAGCCCACAUGGAGGAGCCUGCAGAAACCGAUAACGCAGCCGGUAGUCAACAGGACGACUUUGCCGAGCCCCUGGCUCUUCCCACCAUCCUGGAGCCGCUCCCCUCUAGCAGCAGCACCAGCAUGGGGGCCACCCCCCUGGACAACCAGCCCCCCGAGGAGAGCAUCGCCAUCCUGACCUCCAUGGGCUUCCCUCGCAGGCACACCGUCCAAGCUCUGAAGGCAACGAACAACAACCUGGAGCGGGCUCUGGACUGGAUCUUCACCCAUCCGGAGAUGGAGGAGAGCGACGCCCUGUCGGACGUAGCCGACACGGAGCCCAACGACAACGUCUUCUCCAACGCCAACUCCCACAGCGGCUCCACGAUGUCUCCAGACCAGGACACGUCAGGGCCCCGCGUCAAAGAUGGGCCUGGACGUUACGAGCUCUUUGCCUUCAUCAGUCACAUGGGUGCAUCCACAAUGUCUGGUCAUUAUGUGUGUCACAUCAAAAAGGAGGGAAGGUGGGUGAUUUACAAUGAUCACAAAGUGUGUUUGUCGGAAAGGCCUCCAAAAGACUUGGGCUAUGUCUACUUUUAUCAUCGACUGUCCAGCAGUUAGAGCCAGUCCCAGCCAUCGCCCUCCACCCUCCAACUCCAGAAAACUACAACCAAAAGACUGGAAGACAAAGGCAGCAGCAACAACAACAAUGGAGGCUACAUAAAUGGACAGCCCAGAGUCAAGGUGACCACCAGCUUGACGCGCCACUCAAGUGUCAUUCAAGAGCACCCGGGAAACAUAUGGAAGACCAAAAAGGUCAAAGAGGGGAACUGUACGUCUGUGGUUAUUGUGUGCUUGUGUGCGUUUUACAUGUGUCUUUUGUGUACUGUGUAGUUACCGAGGAAUGUGUGCAAUUUCAGUUAACGGAGUACUUGGCACAAAAUAAUAUCACAUAUCAGAUUGUAUUACCGUAUUCAUUCUAUAUGCCUUUGGCAAAUGUGCCAGUAAUAUGAAGUAAUAUAAACUUUAAGCGUAUUAGAACACGCUAGAACACUUCACUGCCAGCCCUGAAAUGCCCUGCACUGAUACAAGAAAAAAAUAAUCAUACAAUAUAGCUUGGGGCCAUGCAUGGAAUGCUGGGAAAUGUUACACUUCCAUAAGAUGGAUCUGAGGACAUCAGGAACUCCUAACAUGUGGAACUGCACAUAGCCAGUCAGAAAACAUAGCCAUGGAUAGAAAUAGAUAAUGCAAACAAUCUACUAUAGACAGUCUACUAUCUACUAUACUACAUUUUGGAUCUGUCUUAAUGGGUAUCAUCUCAACCAGUAUUGAUUGAGAAAAUAAGUUCAAUCUUUGUGACUUUUUUGUUUUGCUGAGGGGAAAAAGGUUAGCCUGUGCAAAUCUGAUCAUUGGCUAAGAUAGUUUUUCCCCACAUCAUGGCAUCGAAAAAGCAUUUUGAUAGCAAUGAUUUUAUAUCCAAACCAUCUCAUAAUGAAAAUAAACAUCGCACAAUUGUUUUAUACCUUGAACUACCCAAAAUGACAUCUGUUGAAUGUCAUAGAAAUCCAGCAACUGAAUGUCAACCAAAAUGCUGACGACUUUCCAGUAGCAUUUCCCCAUAUCCUCUUGGACUUCUGCAACUGUUGGUAUCCUCCAGUAGAGAAACUCUUAAAACAUUGUUUGGAAAGCCCCAGUUCAAGUAUUUUAUAAAUGUAUUAAUACAAAAAUAAUUUUGCCAGCCUGGGUUGUAUUGUCUACCAUAACAGUAAAGCCGGCUACAUUCGGUUGCCCCACUAGACAGAAAUCAUUGUUUUGUAAGGAAACACUCCCAAAUGUAAUGUUUGUCCAAUGAUAAUACAGUACUCUGAUUCUGUAUCCAAAAAUAUUUGCAUUUUCCAUGCUUCAACUUCAACUGGAUGUGCUUCAACACCAGCCAUUGGUUUUGUGUUGGACUAGAGUCAAAACUAUAUGCAAUACGCACUGGAAUAUAUUCUCUUGAGGACAGGACAGCUGUACUAAGCUGCACAGCUUUCCUCAGAACAGUCCUUCCGUGCAUUAGCGUUAGCAUCAGUUAGCGGUCGGUGCAGUGCUGAAUGUGUCUACUGAUGGUGCUCACUGAAACCAAAAACCUCUCCUGUCAGCUUGGAUAUUAAAAUUGACCGUGUCAAUAAGUGAACUCCUCUUCUGAUGCACCACACACACACCAGCUCCUGUGUAUACUGGGUUUACUCUGAUUAUCAAAUCGUGCUCUUUCUCUUGUGCUUUGGCUUGGCAGCACAUAUCACCUUUGUCGCAUGUGGAUGUCUCCUUAUAUAUUCAUGAUUCUGGAGCCAUGUUAAUGUGUCCACAGGUGACGCGUGUGCGUGUGCGUGUGCGUGGCCUGUACUGUUCAAUUUCAUUCACUGAGCAAAGAAUCGUUUAACAAACCGAACAUACAAUGUAUGAACACACACGGAUGGAAGGCUGGAUUCUUUCCUGGCGCUGCUCGAAUCAUAAUGUCUUUGACUUCUCAAGGGAAAGCUGGUUAAGGGGUUUGAUAGAGUAGAACCUCUCAAUUGUGUUUGGAGAAGAUUUAACUCUCCUUAACAUCAUUCAAGGUUUCUCAUCCUUGUCAGAUAUUACUUGAUAAAUGGCUUCGGUGUACAGUGUCUAUGCAGCCAGGGAAUUCUUAAUGGUUUCUAUGCAAGUCUUUUGUUUCUGUGAUUUUUUCCCUUCGGCCACAUUGUUAGCUACCUACAGCGGGAGAAAUAUACGAUGAAAAAACGUCGCUUCGAAGUAUUGUAUUGUCCUCCCCCCACACCUUGGUUUCUCUCACUGGAGCCUCUUGCUGUCUCCACCACUCUCAAUCUCUCUCUCUCUCUUGGUUGUCAAAGGUAACGGUUUUGCCUUUGUGCCACAAAAACGCCUUUGUCCUGUCAGCAUGUGCACUAAACAGGCAUUUAGUCAUUUGGAUUGUACAAUUGUACUUUUUUUGUUUAUUUUUUCAUUUUUUCAUUUACCCAAAUGUCCUUUGAAACUUCACUUCUCGAUUUUUACUCGAUUUUUCUUUGCCUUUUUGCAAUCAAGUUUGUGCCAAUCCACUAGUUUUCAUUAGAGUUUCAUUUUGUUUAAAGUUAACUUUUGUAAUGUAUGUGUUUAUCCAAAUAUUGCCUAGGUUACAGUAUUGUAAAGAUAAACAUGAAUACCAUAAAUGUAAUGUAACAUAUCUAUGGUACUGGUUUCUUGCAAUGUUUGGAUAGUUCAAUAAACACAUUUGUUGACAUUAA